AUGUCUCCGGACAAAAAGAUCCAAAUACAGAAAAUCCUACAAACCUAUGAUGUAGACAUUUUCACAAUUAUGGAAGCAAACAUUUUGGAUGAAAAACUGAAGUACUACCAAUUUCAAGGUUACACCCUGUACCCUCUACCUAAAUACCGGCAAGUUGCAAGUGAGAUUCUAACUGGAGUAAAAGAAGGCCUCACCUCACACAAUGAUCUAAUCAAGAGUAUGGUCUCGACACAAGACAUAUGUGAAAUAAUCAGAUUAAAUGUUUGGAAAUGUCAAAACCACUUCAAGGUAUAUNGCAGAGAAUGUGGAAAAACAUUUAGAAGUCAAUCACAUUUAACUAUCCAUAUGCGUACCCAUAGUGAAGAAAGGCCCUUCGAAUGUGGAGUAUGCAAACAAGGAUUCAAAUGGAAAUAUGAUUUGACUGUGCAUUUACCAUACACAUGUGGUGUAUGUAAUAAAGGAUUUGCAGAUAAAUCAAAUUUGAAUAGACACGUCCGUGUUCAUGCAGGUGAAAGACCAUAUACAUGUGGUGAAUGUAAAAAAGGAUUUGCAGAUAAAUCGCAUUUGAAUUGA